ACGCUCCGCGGACCGCAGCACCACCGCGCCCCGCCCCGCCCCGCCCCCUCCGCCGGUGAGUGGGUGAGAAAUCCUAGCCGGGACUCAGCCUCAGCCUCAUCGCGGUGCCGUUUGGGAAGCGCUCAGCGCAGUGCUUGGCGCAUAAUAAGCGCUUCACAAACACCCUCCUCGUCAGUAUCAUUAAGCGCUUACUACGUGCGAAGCGCCGGGGCGACUACAAGGCACCCUAAUUACUUGGAAUUAGACGUUGAAUCGAGAGAAUCAUGAGCAACUAUAAUGUGUCUUUGGUUGGCCCGGCUCCCUGGGGCUUCAGGCUUCAAGGUGGCAAAGAUUUCAACAUGCCUCUGACCAUCUCAAGCCUUAAAGAUGGUGGCAAAGCAUCUCUGGCAAACGUGAGAAUAGGCGAUGUGGUCGUCAGCGUCGAUGGGAUAAAUGCUGACGGCAUGACCCAUCUUGAAGCCCAGAACAAAAUCAAGGCCUGCACAGGUUCCCUCAACUUGACACUGCAGAGAGCACCCACUGCCCCAAAGCCGGAUCCUGUUCCCAUCCAGAAGGGGGAGCCGAAGGAAGUAGUUAAGCCAGUGCCCAUCACAUCUCCUGCUCUGCCCAAACCCACCGCCAACGUGGCUUACAAUAAGGCGCCCCGGCCGUUCGGGGCCGUGGCGGCCCCCAAAGUCACAUCCAUCCCAUCACCAUCGUCCGCCUUCACCCCAGCCCCCGCGACGGUCUCAUCUCACGCUUCACCUCCCCCCUUCGCUGCGCCUGGACUGCAUGCCACCCCCAGAGCCGGGGCCGAGCCACGGCCCCCCGCCUCCGCCGCGGCCGCUAACCCCGCAGUUCCUGUCCCACGGCAGCCCACGGCCUACGGUGCCACCGCCGGCGUGCCCUCCGACGCUGGCCCGGAGGGAGCGGAGGGGCAAGGAAGAGGAACCCAGUGGGCCGCUAAGCAGCAAAAUGGGAAAACCCCUCCGAAACGCCCCCCCAGGAAGCACAUCGUGGAGCGGUACACCGAGUUUCACCACACCCCCACUCCGAGCGACGCAAGUAAGAAGCGACUGAUCGAGGACACGGAAGACUGGCACCCGAGGACGGGAACCACCCAGUCUCGCUCGUUCCGAAUCCUGGCCCAGAUCACCGGCACCGAGCACUUGAAAGGAUCGGAAGCUGAUAAUACAAAGAAAAUCAACGACGCUCCGGCUUACCCUGUCUCCUCAGCGAGGAGCCCAGCAGAGGAACCAGAACCCCCCGCCUCUGGCAGGCCGGGGGUGGCCAGUUUCUCCACUCCUGCCGCUUUCAGACCCCCGGGAGCCACCAACGUGGCCAAACCCCCGAGUUGGCAGCGGCCCAACAAACCGGCCCCUUUGACUGGAAGAAUCUCUAACAGCACGGCUCAGGCUGGAGCGUCUGCCCCCAGCAGCUCAAGUGCCACCCAGCCCCCUCUGAAUGAGCAGGACACCCUGGUGCAGAGAGCGGAGCACAUCCCCGCGGGGAAACGCACCCCAAUGUGUGCUCACUGUAACCAAGUCAUCAGAGGACCUUUCCUUGUGGCUUUGGGGAAAUCCUGGCAUCCGGAGGAGUUUAACUGUGCUCACUGCAAAAACACCAUGGCCUACAUUGGGUUUGUGGAGGAGAAGGGAGCACUGUAUUGUGAGCACUGCUAUGAGAAGUUCUUUGCUCCCGACUGUGCCCGCUGCCAGAGGAAGAUUCUUGGCGAAGUCAUCAACGCUUUGAAGCAGACUUGGCACGUCUCCUGUUUCGUCUGCGUGGCCUGCAGUAAGCCCAUUCGGAACAAUAUCUUCCACCUAGAGGACGGCGAUCCCUACUGUGAAACAGAUUACUACGCCAUGUUUGGUACCAUCUGCCGUGGGUGCGAAUUCCCCAUCGAAGCUGGAGACAUGUUUCUGGAAGCCCUGGGCCAUACCUGGCACAACACCUGCUUUGUGUGUUCGGUGUGCUGUGACAGUCUUGAGGGCCAGACCUUUUUCUCCAAGAAGGACAAGCCACUGUGCAAGAAGCACGCUCAUUCUGUCAAUAUCUGAGUGCCAGAAUCCUGCUGGGGAAGAAAGCCCAAAGAGGAAAAGGAGAAUGGAAUGGCUCGAUGGUGAAUUUCGGGUUUUCGGCCUUACCGAUAUUCUGUCUUUAUCGUUUGGAAAAAUCAUGGGAGCUGGGGAGGGAAGGGCCUAGUAACACAAUGGUUUUUGUUUUGUUUUGUUUUUUACAAUUAUGACUUUAAUCUCACUGUGGGCG